UCCCAUUUAGGCUUUGAUACACCUUUUGCAAAGAGGGGAUAAGUUGGUGAUGGGGUGUACCUACUGACCGAUGGACUCAAAGAAGAGAAGCUCAACAGAGGCAGAAGGAUCCAAAGAAAGAGGCCUGGUCCAUAUCUGGCAGGCAGGAUCCUUUUCCAUAGCUCCAGAGAGGUUGCCAGGCUGGGCAGGAAAGACUGUUGUUCAAGCAGCCCUUGGAAUGAAGCAUGGAGUUCUUCUGACUGAAGAUGGUGAAGUCUACAGCUUUGGGUCCCUUCCCUGGAGAAGUGAGCCUACAGAAGUUUUUCCAGCCAGCCCAAUUCUAGAAAAUGCCCUGGCUGGGCAACGCGUGGUUACGGUGGCAACAGGGGCCUUCCACAGUGGAGCUGUGACAGACGGCGGGGCUGUGUACAUGUGGGGCGAGAACUCUGCAGGCCAGUGUGCGGUUGCCAACCAGCGGCAUGUGCCAGAACCGAACCCUGUCAGCAUCUCUGACUCUGAGACCAGCCCUUUGAUAGCAGUCAGGAUUUUACAGUUGGCAUGUGGUGAAGAACACACUCUGGCAUUGUCAAUAAGCAGAGAGAUUUGGGCGUGGGGGACUGGUUGUCAGCUGGGUCUCAUCACCACCACCUUCCCAGUGACAAAACCACAGAAGGUGGAACAUCUUGCUGGCCGUGUGGUGCUGCAGGUAGCCUGUGGUGCUUUCCACAGCCUGGCCCUUGUGCAGUGCCUUCCUUCCCAGGAUCUGAAGCCAGUUCCCGAAAGAUGCAACCAGUGCAGCCAGCUCCUCAUUACUAUGACGGACAAAGAAGACCAUGUGAUUAUAUCAGACAGCCACUGUUGCCCAUUAGGGGUGGCACUGUCAGAGUCCCAGGCAGAAAGCCAUGCCAGCGUUGUCAUCAGCCCCUCCACUGAGACCCUUGACAGCCAGGGAGAAGUAUUUGAAAACACUCUUGUGCAAAACCUGCCCACUGCCUCCGACCUGUAUGUGGGACAUGCUCAGACCACAAAUAGCAAUGCCAUUUCCUGCCAACAGAACACCUUGGCAACAGCUGGCGCUGCUUCUGGGAGAGACACACUGUCACAGUCCGACACCCAGGCAGUAAAUGAGCACUUGGGUAAACUGUCUGAGCAUUCAGUCAGGGAGGACUCGGAGAGCUGUGAGAAGUCAGUGCCGUUGCAGCUUCUUGUAGAAGAAGUAGUUCCUAACCCUCACAGCCCACCCACCACCAGCACCUCAGCCCUCAACAGCCUGGUGGUCUCUUGUGCAUCUGCUGUUGGUGUAAGAGUGGCUGCUACCUAUGAAGCUGGGGCCCUGUCUCUUAAGAAAGUAAUGAACUUUUAUAGUACAGCCCCUUGUGAAACUGGAGCUCAGGUAAGCGGUAGUUGCAUAGGCCCAGAAGGUCUGAAAGAGAGCAGAGAAGAACAAGUUAAACAAGAGUCAAUGCAAGGAAAGAAAAGUUCAAGUCUUGUGGAUAUCAGAGAGGAAGAAUCAGAAGGAGGCAGUCGGAGACUCUCCCUCCCUGGAUUGUUGUCUCAAGUUUCUCCCAGACUCUUAAGAAAGGCUGCACGGGUGAAAACGAGGACAGUGGUUCUGACCCCUACCUACAGCGGGGAAGCAGAUGCGCUGUUGCCCUCUCUGAGAACAGAGGUGUGGAGCUGGGGGAGAGGGAAGGAUGGACAGCUGGGCCAUGGUGAUGUUCUGCCUCGGCUUCAGCCAUUGUGUGUCAAGUGUCUGGACGGUAAAGAAGUGAUCCACUUGGAGGCAGGUGGUUACCAUUCCAUAGCACUUACUGCAAAGUCCCAGGUUUACUCUUGGGGAAACAAUACCUUUGGUCAACUUGCACAUUCCGAUUUUCCAACAACUGUUCCUCGGCUCGCAAAGGUAAGCAGUAAACAUGGAGUCUGGAGUGCAGCUGCAGGCCAGGAUUAUUCCCUGUUUUUAGUGGAUACAGAAGACUUCCAGCCUGCGUUGUAUUACAGUGGCCGACAGGACCCCGCAGAAGGUGACAGUCUUCCAGAGAGUCCCAGAGGUGCCAAGACUCCAGUACUUCUCUGCUGUAGUCAGCUUGGAUAUGUAAGUAGUGUAACAGCAGGAAAAGAUAGCUUUCUGGCCUUGGUGGACAAGAACAUUAUGGGGUAUAUCGCCAGUCUCCAUGAGUUGGCCACUACUGAACGACGGUUCUAUUCAAAACUAAGUGAUACCAAAUCUCAGAUACUCAGGCCUCUUCUCAGUCUAGAAAAUUUGGGCACUGUGACUGCAGUCCAGCUAUUGCAGGAGGUGGCAAGCCGGUUCAGCAAAUUGUGUUACCUGACUGGUCAGCACGGAGCCUCCCUGAGCAGCUUCCUUCAGGGAAUAAAGGAAGUCAGGAAUCUGGUCAUCCUGAAGCAUGCGAGUCUCUUCUUGGAUAGUUACACAGAGUAUUGCACAUCAAUUACAAAUUUCCUGGUUAUGGGAGGAUUCCAGCUUCUUGCUAAGCCUGCCAUUGAUUUCCUAAAUAAGAACCAGGAGCUGUUGCAAGAUUUAUCAGACAUGAAUGAUGAAAACACUCAAUUGAUGGAAAUACUGAAUACUCUGUUUUUCUUGCCAAUCAGACGCCUUCAUAAUUAUGCAAAAGUUUUGCUAAAGCUUGCUACUUGUUUUGAAGUGACAUCUCCAGAAUAUCAGAAACUGCAGGAAUCCAGUUCUUGUUAUGAGUCUCUUGCUCUCCAUCUCGGCAGGAAAAGGAAGGAAGCAGAGUACACGCUGGGCUUCUGGAAGACCUUUCCUGGAAAAAUGACGGAUUCCCUGAGGAAGCCAGAGCGCCGACUGCUGUGUGAGAGCAGUAACCGAGCCCUCUCUCUGCAGCACGCAGGCAGGUUUUCUGUGAAUUGGUUCAUUCUCUUUAACGAUGCCCUGGUCCAUGCCCAGUUCUCCACACACCACGUCUUUCCAUUGGCCACGCUCUGGGUGGAGCCACUCUCUGAAGAAGCCAGCAGUGUGAAUGGCUUGAAGAUAACCACACCUGAAGAACAGUUCACUCUCCUUUCAUCAACACCCCAGGAAAAGACUAAGUGGCUGCGGGCUCUAAGCCAGGCUGUGGAUCAGGCCCUGAGGGGCACAGCUGAUCUCCCACCUUAUGGAAGUGGCAGCAGCGUGCAGAGGCAGGAGCCACCAAUUUCCCGCAGUGCCAAAUACACUUUCUACAAGGACCCCCGCCUGAAGGAUGCCACUUACGAUGGGCGCUGGUUUUCAGGAAAGCCCCAUGGCAGAGGUGUGCUGAAGUGGCCCGAUGGAAGGAUAUAUUCUGGCAUGUUUAGGAAUGGCUUGGAAGAUGGGUACGGAGAAUACAGAAUCCCAAAUAAGGCUGUGAACAAAGAAGACCAUUAUGUGGGCCACUGGAAAGAAGGAAAAAUGUGUGGUCAAGGAGUCUAUAGCUAUGCUUCUGGUGAAGUGUUUGAAGGCUGUUUCCAGGAUAACAUGCGCCACGGCCAUGGCCUCCUUCGAAGUGGAAAGCUGACUUCUUCUUCUCCCAGCAUGUUCAUCGGCCAGUGGACAGCGGAUAAGAAAGCAGGAUAUGGAGUCUUUGAUGAUAUCACUAGAGGAGAAAAGUAUAUGGGCAUGUGGCAAGAUGAUGUGUGUCAUGGGAAUGGUGUGGUUGUUACCCAGUUUGGAUUAUACUACGAAGGCAACUUCCACCUUAAUAAAAUGAUGGGAAAUGGACUUUUACUUUCUGAAGAUGAUACUAUCUACGAGGGAGAAUUUUCUGAUGAUUGGACUCUGAAUGGAAAGGGUACACUGACAAUGCUAAAUGGAGAUUAUAUUGAAGGUUAUUUUAGUGGAGAAUGGGGAUCUGGGAUAAAAAUCACUGGAACUUAUUUCAAACCCAGUCUGUAUGAGAAUGAUAAAGACAGACCCAAGAUUCUCAGGAAGCUGGGAAACCUGGCUGUAGCAGCUGAUGAGAAAUGGAAAGCAGUGUUUGAUGAAUGCUGGCGCCAGCUGGGCUGUGAGAGCCCAGGCCAGGGCGACGUCUGGAAAGCCUGGGACAACAUCGCUGUGGCCCUGACUGCCAGUCGGCGUCAGCACAGAGACAGUCCAGAAAUAUUAAGUCGCUCACAGACUCAGACACUAGAGAGUUUGGAAUUCAUUCCACAGCAUGUCGGUGCCUUCUCUGUGGAGAAAUACGAUGAUAUCAAGAAGUAUUUAAUAAAGGCCUGCGACACGCCCCUGCACCCCCUGGGCAGGCUUGUGGAGACGCUGGUUGCCGUGUACAGAAUGACCUAUGUGGGUGUGGGAGCCAACCGCCGGCUACUGCAGGAGGCUGUAAAGGAGAUUAAGUCCUAUCUUAAGCGAAUUUUCCAGCUGGUGAGGUUCUUAUUUCCUGAACUACCUGAAGAGGGCAGCACAGUUCCUUUCUCCGCUCCUCUCCCAACUGAAAGGAAGUCCUUUUGCACUGCGAAGUCAGAUUCCAGAUCUGAAUCACCAGAGCCAGGUUGUGUAGUUACGAGCUCUGGACUGCUGCUCCCCAUGCUGCUGCCGCGGCUGUACCCACCGCUCUUCAUGCUGUACGCGCUGGAGCACGACCGCGAGGAAGACGUCUACUGGGAGUGUGUGCUGCGGCUAAACAAGCAGCCGGAUGUGGCUCUCCUGGGCUUUCUUGGGGUGCAGAGGAAAUUUUGGCCAGUAACUUUGUCAAUCCUUGGAGAGAGUAAAAAGAUUUUGCCAACCACAAAAGAUGCUUGUUUUGCCUCAGCAGUAGAAUGUCUGCAACAGAUCAGCACAACCUUUACCCCAUCAGACAAACUUAAGGUCAUUCAGCAGACUUUUGAGGAGAUCUCUCAGAGUGUCCUGGCUUCACUCCAGGAAGACUUCCUGUGGUCCAUGGAUGACUUGUUUCCAGUGUUCUUAUAUGUGGUGCUGCGGGCCAGGAUUAGGAAUUUAGGCUCUGAGGUGCACCUUAUUGAAGAUCUGAUGGACCCUUAUCUUCAACAUGGGGAGCAGGGCAUAAUGUUCACUACCUUGAAGGCAUGUUACUACCAGAUUCAGCGUGAGAAGCUUAACUAGACUGCAUAAUAGCUUGAAAACUGGAUUAUCUGCUACCAUCUGGAGUCUGUUUGCAGUGGUGGGAAAAAACAGUGUUGAAAUUGGAAAGGACUUUAUGUAAUUUUGGUUGUUAUUUCUGAGCCUCACUAGUAAUUAGAGCCCAUAGCCCAGAAAAAAAACACUGUGUAGUUUAAAAAGAAGAUAGAAAACUAGAUAGAAAUAGAUUGGACCAGCUGUUGACCUAUGUUAAAUUCCAAAAAUUUCAUACUUACAUUUUUACCUUCCUGUGCUCGAGGGUAUGUCAGCUACAUAACAGGAAAAGUUAACUUUGUAGGAAAAGUUCUUAAUAUACCUUCUUACAUUAUAAGAAGUUGAUGAAUAUUUUUGAGUUUCCGGAUUGCCAAAUCCCUCUGCAGUUACCCCAGAUCCCUUUGCAAGGAGCAGAUUGUACUUGAAACUGUCAUGGCCAUUCUGUGCCUCCUGACCCUUGCACUCCUGUGUGUGCUGUGCUUCUUUGCUGGUGGAGGGGAAAGGGGAAUUUUUAAACUGCAGUUUUAACUUUUCUAAGCUUUUCCACUGGAUAUUGAGGAUGGGAGAGAUUCUGUGCAGUGACUGUCACAUCCUGACCAAAAGUGUAGACUGCAGGGGCUGGGGAUUUAGCUCAGCGGCAAAGCGCCUGCCUGGCAAGCACAAGGUCGUGAGUUCGAUUCCUCGUACUGGAAGAAAAACAAACAAACAACAAAAAAAACAAAAAAUAAAAGUGUACACUGCAUCCAGAUAGGAGUCUUCUGCCUCCUGAUUAAAAAGAACAUAGGAAAUCUGGGUUUGCUUUCCUUGCUGUACUACAGAGAGCAAGCACACUGGAAUUCAACACUGACUCCAGGCCGCUGCGGCCCUCAGCUGUCCACUGCAGACGCUGCAUGCCAAGACUGGGACGAGCCAUUCCGCAUGCAGCCUGAAGUCAGGGAUGUGUGGAAACAGCUGCAUGGACCCUAGCCUGCUGUUGUUCUUCCCAUACCUUGUGCUGAAGCCACAGGUGGGAAGGAAAAGGAAAUGAGCUUUGGCUUUUCCUAUCUCAGAAGUAUUGUUCACCUCAGCAGUUUGGUGUUUUGCUUUUUUUAAGUGUCCUGUUGUAAGUUGUUGGUUCCCACUGUACCAGUAACACUCGCAGCUGUUUGGAUCACCGAGGUGCUCUUCUCCGCUCCUCUCCACCCUGGCAAGCAAAGGAGCCUGAGCAAUGUGAAGUGACUCAGCAGAUGUUCGUUACUGUUGAAAAGGAUUGUGGUCUCUGCUGUUUAUAAUCAAGGCAAAUGUUUGUUAAAAUACUGUUUCCGAAUGUUGACUGUAAUGUACAGCAAUUUUCAUAAUAAAAGACAUGCAUCUUUAUGAGG